AGCGGCGGCGGCGGCGGGGGCAGCAGUCAGCAGUAUGCCGAGGAGGAAGCAGCAAGCUCCCAGGCGCUCUGCAGCGUACGUUCCUGAGGAAGAGCUGCAGGCAGCGGAGCUAAAUGAAGAAGAUUUGCAGGACGAUGAACUGCCCGGAGAUAUCCCGGAUGGUGAGUUUAUGCCCGAGGAAGAAGAGAACAAAGAAGUGCACAGUUACCAGAACUCUCCCGCCAGCACGCCAAACCACCUAGAUCCUGGCUAUGGGUCACCAGCCAGCGACACCAGUGACCAGCUGGCUGACUUCCGAAGUACCUCCUCCAAGGAUGGCCAAGAGAAGGACGACAGUCUCACAGCCUCCGAUAGUUUAACUCAGAUGAAAGCGGCCUAUUCCAAUCUUUUGUCAGGCUCAUGUUGGUCAAACCUUUGCCUUGACCUGAAAAACGCGAAUCAAGCCAGUACCAGUACAAGCAGCAACGGGAGCAGCCACAACGGGAGCAGCCAAAACAGCAAUGGCGGAGCAGGUUAUGACUGGCACCAGGCUGCAUUAGCCAAAACUUUACAGCAAACCUCUUAUGGAUUACUGCCAGAGCCCAGCCUUUUCAGCACGGUGCAGCUUUAUAGGCAAAGUAGUAAGCUCUUUGGGUCUGUGUUCACUGGAGCCAGCAAGUUCCGCUGCAAGGAUUGUAGCGCUGCCUACGACACUCUUGUGGAUCUGACCGUACACAUGAACGAGACCGGUCACUAUCGGGACGAUAACCAGGACAAAGACUCAAACAACCCCAGGAAAUGGUCAAAGCCCCGGAAGCGCUCCCUCAUGGAAAUGGAGGGAAAGGAGGAUGCGCAAAAGGUAUUGAAAUGCAUGUACUGCGGUCACUCAUUCGAGUCAUUGCAAGAUCUGAGUGUUCACAUGAUAAAGACUAAGCAUUACCAGAAAGUGCCUCUAAAAGAACCGGUGCCAGCCAUUACGUCAAAACUUAUCCCUCCCACCAAAAAGAGAGUCCAGGACGCUCAGCCUUGCUCGCCAGAGUCUGGUCUCAAUGCACCAGGGAUCACAAUUACCGAGUCGGGUGCCGGUCAGAAAUCUGGCAACCCGUACGUGACUCCAAACAACCGUUACGGUUAUCAGAAUGGCGCCAGCUACACGUGGCAGUUCGAGGCUCGCAAAGCCCAAAUCCUGAAGUGUAUGGAGUGCGGCAGCUCGCACGACACCCUACAGCAGCUGACCACUCACAUGAUGGUGACCGGACACUUUCUGAAAGUCACCAACUCAGCCUCAAAGAAAGGCAAGCUGCUGGUGUUCGACCCGGUGAUCGAGGAGAAGAUCCAGUCCAUACCUUUGCCGCCAAGCACUCCAACAAGGGUCCUGCCACCCAUUCUUCAAGCCAAGCCUGAGCCUCCAGCUCUCAUGGUUGUUGAGACGAAGAAAGAGCGUGAGCAAGAGCCAGUCGAGGAGACCAGUGAAAGCAAAAAAGAGAUCAAAGAAGAAAAAGACGACUCGGUGGAAAAGUUUGAGCCGACAUCACAUUAUCAGUACCUGCGGGAAGAGGAUCUGGAUGAAAGUCCCAAAGGUGGAAUAGAUAUACUGAAAUCCCUGGAGAACACAGUUACCACGGCCAUCAAUAAGGCCCAGAAUGGUGCCCCUGCCUGGGGAGGCUACUCUAGCAUUCACGCAGCGUAUCAGCUGUCUGGGGUAGUCAGACCCUUUCAAACAAACCCCCACAAUAUUCAGGUGACCCCAUUCUACGCUAAUAGUAUGAAGCUACUGCCUUCUGAGCUCCAGUCAGUAGUGGAGACUUCAGACAGCCAUUCUCCACCACCUCAGAAAAACAACGUUCAUGCCAUGGAGGAGCUGGUUGAGAAGGUGACGGGGAAAAUGGCCAUUAAGCCAGAGGAAAAACCUGCAGAGAAGGAGACACUGGCCACAGUCUCAAAUAAAACAACCUGUGACUCAUUAUCUGUGAGUGUUAGGGAGCUCAAGGACUCCCCCAAAGCUGAUGACCAUGACAAGUCAAGACCAUUGAAGAAAGCACCUGAUGGGGAGGAAGUGAAAGUGAAGAAGGAAGCUAUUUCUGAAGACCCUUCUCUGAAUGGAACCGAAUGUUUAAAGUCAACAAUUAGCAAUGGCUGUAACAGUAUGGCAAUUAUUACAGACCAUUCACCCGAGUCACCAUUUGUCAAUCCACUUAGUGCACUACAGUCAAUUAUGAACACACAUUUGGGCAAGGCUGCCAAGCCACUGAGCCCCAGCCUAGAUCCAUUGGCUAUGUUGUACAAAAUAAGCAACAGUGUGUUAGACAAGCCCAUCUUUCCUGCCACUCAGGUCAAACAAGCAGAUAUUGUAGAUCGAUACUACUAUGAAAAUAAUGAUCAGCCAAUAGACUUAACAAAAUCAAAAAGUAACAAAAAGCUUAUUUCAGCCAUGACUGAAACCAUAUUAUCUUCGUCACGUGAAAAUGCUUUGUUGGACAUAUCUGACAUGGUGAAGAACUUGACUGGGCGUUUGACGCCAAAGUCAUCAACCCCAUCAACUGUGUCAGAAAAGUCCGAAGCAGAUGUUAGCAGCUUUGAGGAUGCCUUAGAAGAUGUAUCUCCAAUACAGAAGAGAAAGGGCAGGCAAUCCAACUGGAACCCUCAGCAUCUUCUAAUACUCCAGGCUCAGUUUGCAGCUAGCUUACGGGAAUCUUCUGAAGGCAAAUAUAUUAUGUCAGUAAGCCUACACGAGCGGGUGCAUAUUUCAAAGUUUACUGGUCUUUCCAUGACCACAAUAAGUCACUGGUUGGCCAAUGUAAAGUAUCAGUUGAGAAGGACAGGUGGAACUAAAUUCCUUAAGAACUUAGAUACAGGUCACCCCGUUUUCUUCUGUAAUGAUUGUGCCUCUCAGUUUAGGACUCCUUGCUCCUAUGUAAGCCAUUUGGAAUCUCACUUAGGUUUUUCCUUGAAGGACCUCUCAAAACUGUCAGUAGAUCAGAUUCGAGAACAACAGGCAAUGUCGAAGAUCAUACCAAAUAAGUCACUGAGUUCACUUGGGAUGUCAGAGGAGGAUGCAAGCUCCACAUUCCAGUGUAAAAUGUGCAACCGAACUUUUGGGAGCAAACAUGCAGUCAAACUGCACCUUAGCAAAACACAUGGCAAGUCUCCAGAAGACCAUCUGCUGUAUGUAACUGAAUUUGAAAAACAAUAGCAUCCAGGUAAGCAGAUGUGUAACUGAUCACAUACUGAUAUAUACUGUAAAAUAAUUCAUUUAAUAGACUCAAUGGGGCAUAACAGAAGACUCUAGGAUGAUUUUUCCUUAACUGAACAUUUCCUGAUAUGCUGUGCACUUGUUUUACUUUUCUGUUCUCUUCAUAACAAUAAACCU